UAUCACAACACCACAUACUCGAGCUCCUACUUGUCACGUAUAGCUUCGCUGGAACCGCGGGAGAGUCAAAGCUCCUGUUGCUCAAGGUCAGGUGUCGCUAUCAAUGCACCAAGCUGCAUUCACUUUGGCCAUCUUCAUCGCUUGUUGAGGUCUUCCACAUUUCAAUUCGAAGCAUUCACACUUUGCACUGUCUGUCGAACUAGCGGACCUUGUCCGUGUGGGCAAGGGUCUGUGGAAACUGAUCCUUGCUACAAUCAUUGGUUUCUCUGUCUUCUUCUUGACUACAUCCAGUAGAGACGCCCAGGUGGGACAUACGGCUAUGCUGCCUGCGGUACCAUUGCUCAUGGUCCUUGUAGCCUUCACAGAAACACAAGGUGGUCUGGAAAGAGCGCCAUACUUGGAUGCAAUUAUAUCCAAUCGUCAAGCCUACGCGGAUCGGCACGGCUAUCAACUUCUGAUCAAGAAUGCUGCAAAGUACAGUCCCAUUGCGCCAGUGAAUCCGAGUGCUGUCGAGCAUGAUAGUUGGAUCAAAUUGUAUGCUCUGCGCGAAGUACUCCAAGAGCACCCUGAAGCAGACUGGAUAUGGUACUUGGACCCAGAGGCCCUCAUUAUGGAUCAGAGCUUAUCGCUUGUGAAUGACAUCCUCAAGCCAAGUGUGCUCUCCAACUUGAUACUACGCGACGUGCCCGUUGUGCCGGGAGAGAACAUCAUCAAGACUCUCAAGACUCCAGACAUGGAGAGUAUCGACUUUAUCCUCAGUCAAGAUCAGCAAGGAUUCAAUGCACAUUCAUUUUUGCUUCGCAGAGGAGACUACGCCAAGUAUUUGUUGGAAAGCUGGUAUGAUCCCCUCUUUCGAGCCUACGACAAAUUUGAGAAUCAUGCGACCUCUGCACUCGAGCACAUGUUAGAAUGGCACUACACAACGCUAUACAAGGCGGCUCUGGUACCAAAGCGACUCCUAUGUUCUUAUAUCAAUGCUGCUGGGGACAUGGGUUAUAAGGAAGGGGAUUUCGUGCUGUUUUUUGAGGGAUGUAACGGGCCUGCGAGGUCAUGCGAGCAUGAGAUUGAUCGUUGGUAUAGACAAACUGCCGAGGGCAAGUCUGGCACGACUGCUGCGGUGCCAGCGACGGGUGACGUACCGCAUUGACGCAUCGCCCGAUCCUCUUCAAGAGCAUGACAAUAAGGGACACACACACAAAAGGAAUGAUAGACACACGCAUGAAUAGACGUUCUACAAACCUGAAAAUGGUUCUAAAGUUGCGGCAUGCUUUCCGGCCCAGGCUCAUUUAGCAUCAUCUCUGCCUCUUGCUUUGCCUGUGAUCGUGUACUCAAUGCCUUGAGGGCCAAUGCGCGUCUUCGCUCUGCUUCAGCUCGAUUUGCAACAUUGGGCGUUGUUCGAUGGCCGUAAUCGUUGCGCUCUUCUUGAUCGCCGAAUGGGAUGCAUAUACCGAGCGAGACGAGCAAGUCAAAGACUUUGUCACUGAUGUAGUCUAUUUGUCCAUGUGCGAAAUCCG